GAUGGCGUCGCUUAUUCUUCCGGUGUGACUGUGUACCGAUGCGUGUCUUGGGGAAAUGUGGGCCGGUUCGGGACGCGGCUCCCUGAUGUCCGCCGGUGUCAGACUGCUGUCUGCCGCCGGCUCCGGGGGACACACGCGGAGGAAGCUGUGCGCCGGGGUCAGCGCUGCAGGGAAGCUGCAGCGGGCUGGCCAGGACAGGAAAGCAGUGAUCUGUAUCGAGGGCAACAUUGCCAGUGGGAAGACAACAUGUCUGGAAUAUUUCAGCAAAACAAGCAACAUAGAGGUCCUCACAGAGCCCAUCUCUAAAUGGAGGAGUGUCCGUGGGCACAACCCUCUGGCUCUGAUGUACCAGGAUCCUCAGCGCUGGGGACUCACACUACAGACCUACAUCCAGCUCACUAUGCUGGACAGACACCUGUCAGCCACAUCGGCUCCUGUCAGGAUGAUGGAGAGGUCCAUCUUCAGUGCCAAGUACAUCUUUGUGGAGAACCUCUUCAGGAGUGGGAAAAUGCCGGAGGUGGACUACGCUGUUCUCAGCGAGUGGUUUGAUUGGAUUACAGCCAACGUCUCCAUUCCUGUUGAUCUCAUUGUUUACCUGCAGACGUCUCCUCAGACCUGCCAUGAGAGGUUAAAGCAGAGAUGCAGAGAAGAGGAGAAAGUCAUUCCACUGGAGUACCUAGAGUCCAUUCACCAGCUGUAUGAGGAGUGGCUCAUCCAGCGGACCUCCUCCCCCCUCCCUGCUCCUGUGUUGGUGAUUCCUGCUGACCACAGCCUGCAAAGGAUGCUGCACCAGUACGAAGAAAACCGGGACAAGAUCCUAGCAGCUGGCUACCCCUGAUUCCCAAACACACAACUGGAUACAAACACAUUCCUGCACGGACACAGGGAGCGGACCAAGACUGUCCUGAAUGGACUGAAAUAUUAUUUUACUGAAGGAACUGUGACUCCUGGUAUUGUAUGAAUAACUAAUAAAUUCUGCAGUCCUGUGGGAAAGAA